AUGCAGCUCACUCAGCUCAUCCUCACUACCGGUCUUCUGGCCUCCUCAGCCUUCGCUGCUCCCGCAGACACUUCUUCUAAGUCCAUGAUGGCCGACAGCCCUCAGUGGACCCUCCAGGACACCAAGCGUGUCUGCAACACCAAAGACACCUCCUGCACCUGGACUUUCGGCAUCUACCCCGGCGGCGGCGAUGCCACUCCUUGCACCUACGUCGUGGAGGGCAGCCCUGCCUCCCGCGCCAACGGUGGCCCCGUCACCUGCGGCGGAUUCACCGUCACUUCCGGCUGGAGUGGCCAGUUCGGCGAGGAGAGCGGCUUCACUACGCUCUCUGUUGUCGACAACGCGUCAAGGCAGAUCGUCUGGCCUGCCUAUACCGAUAAGCAGCUUGCCGGUGGCAAGGUUGUCAAGCCUGACCAGAGCUACGCCCCUGCUGCUCUCCCUUGA